AUGCGAUGGGAUCCAUUUGACAUCCACGCGGAUGUGGAUUGGAUCGAAGGUCUUCACAUGGUCGCAGGAUCGGGCGACCCAGCUUUGAAGAACGGCGUGGCCUACUAUAUCUACGGUGCCACAAAAUCCAUGAACGAGAAAACUGCAAUGUACGAUUCUGAUGGUGAUAUGCUCAUUGUACCCCAAACCGGCGCGCUGGAUAUCGAGACUGAGAUGGGCCGGCUUCUGGUACGCCCCAACGAGAUUUGCGUGAUUCCACGCGGAAUCAGGUAUCGUGUCAAACUUGUCAACGACGACCCUAUCCGCGGAUACAUCCUUGAACUUUUCAAUGGACACUUCCAACUACCCGAACUCGGCCCCAUUGGGUCGAACUGCCUGGCCAACGCCCGCGACUUCCAGAUUCCCGUUGCGGCAUAUACGCACGACUCAAAGACAACCUGGACGGUGGUGAACAAGUUUUGUGGGCAGUUGUUUACUAGUAAACAGGGUCAUACUCCAUUUGAUGUCGUGGCUUGGGAGGGGAGAUACUACCCGUACAAGUACGACUUGGAUCCUUCGCUAAAUACUGUCCUUACGGCCAACUCAAAUGCUCACCCCGGUACAGCCAUUGCUGACUUUGUUAUCUUCCCUCCUCGAUGGUUAGUCGGCGAGGACACUUUUCGGCCACCAUCGUACCACCGAAACUGCAUGAGCGAGUUUAUGGGUCUCAUUGAGGGAUCUUAUAUUGCGAAGGGGGCUGGUUCGGGUGGGUUCCAAGCUGCUGGGGCAAGUCUUCACAACUGCAUGAGUAGCCAUGGGCCAGAUGCGGAGGCAUUUGACAAGGCUAGCAACCAAGAACUCGUUCCAGUCAAGGUCGGGGCUGGAAGCAUGGCUUUUAUGUUUGAGAGUUGUUAUAUGGUUGGUGUCACAGAUUGGGGAUUGAAGACGUGUCAGAAAGUGCAGGAAGAGUAUAGCGAAGAGAGCUGGGGAGGUUUGAAAGACCUCUUUACCCCUCCAGAGCUCCCGCCUCGCGAUUGA